UAGCAGAGUCCGUUUUGUUCAUUAAUAGAACAUAUGUUGGAUUUAAAGGAUACAGGAGACACUUUUUGCCGUCUCCUUUCCGUAUCUGUUGUCUGCGCGGUGUUCUCGGCUUGAAGCGUAAAAUGUGUGGCUCAGACAGGUGAGAGAGAUGCAACAUGGGCAGGAAUGGACCAAAGUGUGACUCGAAGAAGCCAGAGACUCAGCUGUCAUGUCACAAAGCAUCCUGCGUGGUUUCAGUAUGCAGGGAACACAGAGGACAAGCUACCUGAGGAUCCGCUUCCUUCUGCUGUAUGCUGCCGUAGACUCCUCCACCCGGAGCUGAGCCCCCGGUGGAGCGUGUGUGUGAAAGGGGACCCUGCCAGGCUCCAUGGCUCAUUCGUCAGACCCAUCCCGCAGGGAGAAGCCCCCCGGGACCCAAGGGAUGCAUACGGCCACGCGCAACCUCUUACGGAAGAAGGAGCAGCGCCGGCGUGGAAUCCGAUCCUCCUCACCCAUGGGCCGGGUCAUCCUCAUCAAUUCUCCUGUGGAUGGCGGAGAUGACAGCGAGGACCUCCAUACCAUCACAGUGGACAAGAGCGUGGACGGAAAGCUCGGCUUCAGCGUGCGUGGAGGCUCAGAACAUGGCCUCAGCAUCUUUGUCAGUAAGGUGGAGGACAAUAGUACAGCAGAGGAAGCAGGUCUGCUCGUAGGUGACAAACUAGUGGAGGUGAAUGGCAUCAGCCUGGAGAGCAUCACCAUGAGCAGCGCUGUGAAGGUCCUGACGGGAAACAACAGGCUGAGGAUGGUGGUGAGACGUGUUGGCAAAGUCCCCGGCAUCCGCUACUCCAAGGAGAAGACUACCUGGGUGGACUUGAUACACAGACGUAUGGUGGUGGAGGAGAGUGGACGGACACCUUCGGAGGCCAGCUCAGGCAGCGCCCUGCAAAGGAUUGUCCACCUUUACACCACGUCAGAUGAUUACUGCCUUGGCUUUAACAUCCGCGGGGGAAAGGAGUUUGGUCUGGGCAUCUAUGUCUCCAAACUGGAUCCUGGUGGUCUGGCCGAGCAGAAUGGAAUAAAGAUGGGGGACCAGAUCCUGGCUGCCAAUGGAGUGAGCUUUGAGGACAUCAGCCACAGUAGUGCCGUGGAGGUGCUGAAGAGCCACACACACAUCAUGUUGACCAUCAAGGAAGCAGGACGAUAUCCUGCCUAUAAGGAGAUGGUGGCAGAAUACAGGUGGCUCAAUAAGUUGGCCAACGGCACUCAGAAAUCUUCCUCCCAGGGUUCAGACUCCAACUCCUCAGCCUCCUCUCUGUCGUCUGGGACUCCGGUCAGCUCUCUGAGCGGCCUGUCUCAGGUCCUGUUCCCCCCCAGCCUGCAGUUUGGCUCAGACAUGGUGGAUGUCUGCAUCUCCACUGAGGACCAGAGGUCUGAGUCUGAGCGAACUGAGACCGCCAUCCAGACGGACCUUCCUUCUCAGAGGACGGGUGCGGACACCACUCGCAGCCUGGGACCCACCACUCUGCUGAAAGACACUGUGAUUCGUGGAGAGGAGGUCAGGGGGCGGAAAGAGUCGCCCAAGACAGCCAUGCUGCUGGCUCUGAGCAGACCGAGCCGACCAAUCAGCAGGUCGCAGAGCCAAGUCACUGUGGCAGAAAUCAAGCAGAAGAAAGAGAAGAAGCAGAAAGGGAAGGACCCAGAGGAGAAGAGCACCCUGCAGCGCUCAAAGACCUUUGUUAACUUGCUGUUCAGGGGUGGACGCAAGAGAGACACUUCCAAGGGGCGCUCCAAGUCUCCGUCCACAGACAGGGCCGGCAAAGAGGGUCAGCAGCACAGUGCGAUGCCAAAUUCAGAGAUGCUCGGGGUGGUGGAGGACAUGGCCCGCAGGCUGCUGCCUGAGGAGGAGGUGGCUGCUGUGAUGAAGGCGUGCCGACAGUACAUAGCAGAGCGGUCAGUGGAGAACUUGGUGCGCCACCUGCUGGCUGUGUUGGACCGGCCUGAGAAGCUGCUGCUGCUGAGGGAAGUCAGAAUGCUGCUUCCUCCUUCUGACCUGAGUGCAUUCAAUAACACGGUGACUCCUAUUGAAGGCGAAGCCUACGACAUCCUCAAGUAUCGUUCAAUUCGAACUCCUCCUCUUCGCUCUCCCACGUCUGGCCGGGCACCCAAACGACGCCUCAUCACUCCCAUCCCAGAUUACAGGGGAGGCUUCGAGCUCCACAGUGCUGAGGAGGUGGAGAAGGAGAGCCACCUCCUGGAGGAGCUGGAGAAGCUCAGUCUGUCUGGCCCCCGUGGGUCCAGGGGGAGGCCCCACACCUCCAGAUCCUUCACUCCGCUGCUGGACAUACCGGUGGACGGUUAUAACACAGAGUCCAGAGACCUCAGACCCCCCUCUGCCAGCCCCAUGCUCCCAAACUGGCUGCUGGCCCGCAACGACGACCCCCGCCCUCCAAUCCGAACAGACAUUGGCACUAUUCGCUCCGUGCACUUUGACGAGGUUUCACUGCACUCGACUUCAGGCAAGGCGGAUACAGAAAGAGGACGGUCCCCGUUUAGAAACAGCCACUCGAAAGGAAAAAGGGAGAAAAGUGGAGACAGGAGUAAAGAAGCUGUGUUCACGCUGCAGAGUGCUGCUCGUAGGAGUCGGCCCCUGUUGUCGCAGGUGUUUGGUUCAAAUCCAGAUCAGAAAGUCGGGAGUGAACAGAUGAACGGCCACCAGGCGUCGUCUGAGAACGGACUCCACGGCUGUGACCCUGAGCAGGAAUAUGAGCUCAAAUCUGUCAGCAUUUCCAAGACCAAACAGUCACUGGGCAUCAGUAUAUCCGGUGGGAUGGAGUCGAAGAUUCAGCCGGUGGUGAAGAUUGAGAAGAUCUUUCCUGGAGGAGCAGCCUCCACCUGUGAAGUGCUCAAGGCUGGAUUUGAGUUGUUGUCUGUGGACGGAGUCUCCCUGCAGGGAGUCACCCAUCAGCAUGCUGUCGACAUCAUCCGAAAAGCCUUCAGCAAUAAGGCCAAAGAUCCCAUGGUGUUUGUGGUCAAAGUCCCCAAGAACAUUUAAUAAGAGACUGAGAUGCUCGUCGUGAAUCCAGAUAAACGCCUCUGGGAUUUAAGACGGAGACGGGAAGACUCGAACGCUGACCUGAAACAAUCCGCUGAGCUCUGAGGUCAGGUAUGUGAUUUUGCCAUUCAUGUUAAAGUCAGCGGUGAUGACAUGGACACUGGCGACUGCUGAGCUGAAGAACAAAAAUGGCCUGAGGCGGCAGGUCACGGGACUCCAGAAGGUUAAGCAAAUUAAGACCACAGAUAUAUGAGAGAAAUAUUGUAUCAUCAUCAUCAUCAUAUUAAAAAAAAAAAAUAAAAAAUGUUCCUGAUGCCUUAAUAUGUCACUUUAUCACAACCCAGGAGCCACUGCCUGUUAAGAACAUGGUUUGCUUUUUACAUUUUAUGUUGUAUUAACAUUCAUCAGUGUAUAAAACUAAAACAAACAAACAAUGUGUCAUGGAUCAGCAGUGUAUGUCUGUGCUCCUGAAUUUUAAAUAUGCAGGAUGACAAACUGUAACCUGAGUGCCUUUAAAAGCCCUGUGGACUGAGCAUGUAAAACAGUCUUAACUCUGUAAGUCGGCUUGAAAUCAGAGUUUUGACCUGCAGAGGGCAGACGUGAGCCUUGUAUAUCACACCAGAGCACAAACAUUAAAACAUUGUCAAACUGUAAAACAG